CUACAUUGGUCAAAGUGUAAGUAGCGGCACGGUCAUGUGGAGUGGACUGGUGCUGGUCAGGAUUCAGGUGACCUCUCUCAUAGAGAACCACGUCCGAAUAGUCAUCAAGGACCGCCUGGCUGUCUUCAAACUUCAUAUGCAGAUGGCAGCAUCCUGCGGAAAAUGAAUUUUAAAAGGUGACAGGCUCGUACUGGCAGCUACUUGUCCCGCCCCCUUGGUCUCAGCACAUGGAUCGGUCUGAUGUGAGAGCCGAGCAUCAGAGAGCGGAGUGGAAACAGGAAGAGGAGGAAAGGGGAAGAAAGGAGACAGGAGAGGACCGGGAGAGACAAGGUGGUGAGGAGUGAAAGGGAGGACCAGGGGACAAGGGUCGCAGAGGGUGUGAGGACCAAAGAGCACUCACUGAAAGAGCCAGUGGGAGCGAGCAUGUCUAUUUAAAGAGAUCGGAGCCUGCAGAAGUCUGCUGUCUUGCAAUCUUUACCUGACAGUGUCGAAGUUGGACCAGGAAAUCUGCCUCCUUUUUCUUCAGCAGUCAUUGUGAAGGCUGCAUGUAUCACCCCGCGGAGCUGUACUCAGGCCGUAACACAUGGGACUCCUACCCAGCUGGAGGACCUAACAGAGGACAGUGGCCCUCUGUACAGAGUCGGCCCUGGAGCCACGCUCAAAGAUGCCAAGAGGGGCGCAACCAACCACACCAUCCACCAUCAUAUCGCCUCUACAAUAGAGAGGACAGAUCAGUUGGCCAUGUCCCAGGCAAGAAUCUAUCAAAGGGGCACCCCAUGCGUGUUUGGGAUGGCAAAGAGCAGCCAUACAAGACCCAGAGCUGGCACCAUGAUUCUAUGCGCUCUUUCCAUAGUAGAGGGGGCAGCGGGUAUCUACCAGGGCCGGGAGAGCACUACACCAACUGGAACAACAAUGGUAACUCUUUGCCUCCUCAUCGCAGCAGAGAUCUCCCGUCACUGCCGGAUAGAUUUGCCCCGUCAGAUUGUAGAAGGAGUUUUCCAGGUAGACUGGUAAACAACAGACCGUUACCAUGGAAACGACCCGCCCUCCACCAGCGUAGAGAGCAGUUUCACCAGCACAGCCCACCUCAACCUUUGUCCCCUCGAGAAGAGUGUCCAGUCAAGAGGAGAAGGGACUCUGAGCAGUCAUUUCAUCCUGGCUCAAGGCAUUCAACAUUACCUACCCAUCCUCCGUCACCAUCACGGUACCACCGCAGCAACCAAGAAGACUGGAAAAAUCUGGGAGACAGGCCAGGACAGUACUCUGACUCUAGGCCCUCAACCUCUCAGCAUCAGGAAUCCUUAAAACCACAUUCUGGAGGGAAAAGCAAUGUAACAUCUUUGAGUCGACCCCCACAUCAUGAAGGCAGGGGAAAAGACGAACGUAAGACCCCCUGUUCACCAGCAGAUCACACUCGUGUGCCUUAUAGUCACCAAAACCCCCACCACCAUCAACGGCACACUGGCCUCAGCAGAACACAACAGCACAACUCCCCACCGCACCCUGUGGAGGACAAGGACUCACGCAACUACAAGCAAAGACUAGGGGCUCAGCACUGGGGAAGUUCAAGGGAUCCAGGUCCCUCCAAGUCCUCUGCUGCAGACGCUUCAACUGUUUCAUCCACACAUUCCACUGCCAACAGCCCAAAUGCCCCAUGCAGUCCCGCUUCACAUCGACGAGAAGGCUCCCCCAUCAACCACCGUGGUAGUCCUGGCAAAAGUUCUCAUCAGAAAGCCCACAGGAGUCCUAGUCAUAGUCCAAGAUCCAGUCCCUCUGUAACAUUAUCCACUAGCACAGGCUCCUCAGAAAAGAGCAGGAAGAUCCCACAGCACCUGACAUCCAAACAGUCCUCUCACAAGUCCAGAGAAAACAAGCUUAAGUCUAAAGAGAGAAAACUAAAAGAUAAAAAGAAUCGAACAGGUGAAGAUAAAGAUGACAGAAAGACUGAAGAAAGAAAACAGCGAAGGAAAAAAGAAGGGAAGUCCUCAGAUGAGAGGAAGAAAAAGAAAAUUAAAGCAUUAAGAAAAGGAAUUGAUUCAAAUGAGGGUGCUACUUCCAUCUCCAGAUGCAGUUCUACAGUAGAGGUCAAAGUAAAAAUAUCAGAAAAUCGCAAACGCAGAGAAAGAAGUGAACUGGCUGACAAGGCAUCCCACAGACUGGCUGCAAAUAUCCAGAAUACUUCUAAAAUCCACUCAUUGCCCGGUAGAGACAGGCACACCUCAGCAAAGCAGUCCUGCAAAUCUGAUAAUCAUAAACCCCUGAAAAAGAACAGCACCAGCUCAAAGGCUCACCUCAAGAAGAAACUAAAGCGAUCCCUCCAUUCAAAACACAGGCAGGAUAGGACAGUAGAAAAGACCACGUCUGUACUGGAAGGCACACACGCCAGCUCUCAAGAUGCACUCCCUUCCUUACUGUUCAAAGCCUUAGAGCCACUCAGCACAGCAUGUUCUGUAAGCUUGGAGCAACCCAUCCGUGGGAACCAGAUUGGGAAAAGACCCAUUCUCAAGGCCCCAGAUCUGCAGCCUGUAGGCAUCAUGGGAAGUUUGAGGGAUUCUAUGGACAAUACUGCAAACAGUCCACCUGUGCUAAGUUGGCAAGGCUCUCCAGUGUCUGUAGAAGAUGAUGACGAACUGGAAAAGGGAGUAAUAAGUAGACCUGUCCUGCAGCCUAGCCCGACGCAGUCCCCUUGUCCUGAACAUAACAUGGAUUCUGAUGGUAACACUGAUGUAAUCACAAAAGAUAGUACAUUUGAGCUUCCCAUUAUAGUAGACAAGGUAGAAAGCAAUAGUCUGGUGUACAAUCAUAAAAAAGGUAUGGAUGAUGUUUUUAAAAGCUUGGCCACUUUUCUUGGAGGGCAGAGGAUUCCGUGUCGGGGUGGUCCCUUUGGCGGGCCUCCUAGUGUGGACUCAAAAGGAGUGAAAUAUUCUUCAUCUCUCUCAAUACAACCAGACAUUCACAGUCUUGAGAAUCAAGAUGCCUCCUCUUCAUCAACACCCACUAAGGAGUUACCUGCUCACUCUACCUCAGGUGCAGUUUUGAGUCCAUCUUUUAAUGAUAGCCCCAUGCAGAAAAGGCAAAAAGAAGAUGGUAUUGUGAAAGAAGAGAAAGAAAACAAUAUGGAGGGCGAUAAUGAAAAGCUGCAGGCCCCUCUUCUGGACAGCUCACUAAGCGCUGAGCUCACACUAACCACAACACACACAACUGCGCUCCCAGGCUUUAUCCACAUGCCUGCCAAAACAGAGGAAAGAACUGCAAAUCUAGAGUGCCCUGACUCGGACAGAAAGAGAAAACAUCCAGCUCACGAUGGAAACCAGGAAGAAGAAACAAAAAUGAAGAAAAACAAAACAGAAAGCAGUGCUGUUUGUCAUAAAAACAAAACAAAUGAAAUUAAAGUUGAAUGUAAAAAGCCUGUUUCAUUCUCAGUGCCGGUCAUCUGCAGAGAACUCCUACAACAAAGCAUGAAAGGGCAGACUCAGGAAAACCAAACUUCACACAGCAAAGACAUCCAAGCAGACAAGAAGCCACACAUUGGUAGCAUGGAGGCCACACACACUACUGUAAACACAAAACAGAAUGAGAAAAACAUCACAAAGGCAGCUGGAAACAAGACCUCAAGGUCAACUAUAACAAUCAAUCUGACAAAAUUAUGUGUCACUGCACCAGCAUCAAAACCCCCAGUACCUCCAAAAGACCCUCUCAAAUUGAAAGCUCUGUCUCUGGGCAUGUCCAAGGAGGUUAAGAUCCUUUUGGUCCGAGUCAAGAGUGAUGGGCGCCAAACAUACAACAUAUCUGAAGUAGAGGAGCAGCGGAUUCCUCUGUCUACAAUCAGCAUUCACAACACGGCCUCUGAGCUGAUCAAAGCCUGCAAGGGAGUCAGGGUGAAGGGGAAAUUUAAGGAGUCAUACCUGCUCCCGGCCUUUUCUGUUAAGCCCAACAUUGAAGUUCAAAUCCCAAUUCCUCGGGACAAACUCAACCCUCCCACUCCCAGUAUUUAUUUAGAGAGCAAGCGAGAUGCCUUCUCUCCAGUCCUCCUUCAGUUCUGUACAGAUCCUAAAAAUGCUGUUACUGUCAUCAGAGGACUGGCUGGCUCCCUCCGUCUCAAUCUUGGAUUGUUCUCCACCAAGUCCUUGGUGGAGGCAAACUCCGACCAUGCAGUGGAGGUGCGGACUCAGGUCCAACAGCCCGCCGACGAGAACUGGGAUCUGAAAGGCUCCUCUCAGACAUGGCCCUGUGAAAGCAGCCGCUCACACACCACAAUUGCCAAAUAUGCCCAAUAUCAGGCCUCCAGCUUCCAGGAGAGUCUAGAGGAUGAGAAAGAGAGUGAGACUGAAGAAGAGGAAGAUGAAGACAAGUCAACUGAAUCUGCUCGAACUAAAUCUGUAUCAUUAGCAAAUAGUAAAAGCACCUCAGCCAAAGUCAGUUCUGCAGCUAGUAAAGGUCUUGGUACCAAUAACACCAGCUCAGAGCAGAAACCAGUAGGAAAGGUUAUAAAAUUUGGGACCAAUAUUGAUCUCUCUGAUCCUAAAAGGUGGAAGCCACAGUUGCAGGAGCUGCUGAAGCUGCCAGCAUUCAUGAGAGUGGAGUCCAGUAACAACAUGCUGAGCCACGUGGGUCACACCAUCCUGGGCAUGAACACUGUGCAGCUCUACAUGAAGGUGCCAGGCAGUCGCACUCCAGGUCACCAAGAAAACAAUAAUUUCUGCUCAGUCAACAUCAAUAUUGGACCUGGUGACUGUGAAUGGUUUGCUGUUCAUGAAAAUUACUGGGAGUCUAUCAACAAGUUUUGUGAGAAACAUGGUGUAGACUACCUAACUGGGUCAUGGUGGCCAGUCCUUGAAGACCUCUACAGCUCCAAUAUCCCUGUUUACCGCUUCAUCCAGAGACCGGGCGACCUGGUCUGGAUCAAUGCGGGGACUGUGCACUGGGUUCAGGCUGUGGGCUGGUGCAACAACAUCGCCUGGAAUGUGGGUCCACUAAACUCAUACCAGUAUCAGCUGGCUCUGGAGCGCUUUGAGUGGAAUGAGGUGAAGAAGGUUAAGUCAAUCGUCCCAAUGAUCCAUGUUUCAUGGAAUGUGGCUCGAACCAUCAAGAUCACAGACCCAGACACGCAUAAGUUGAUCAAACACUGCCUGAUGCAAUCCAUCAAGCACAUCCAGAUUCUCAGAGACCAGCUGGUAGCAUCUGGAAAGAAAAUCUCCUAUCAGAGCCGCGUGAAGGACGAGCCCGCUUAUUACUGCAAUGAGUGUGACCUGGAGGUAUUUAACCUGCUGUUUGUAACAAGUGAAAGCAGCAGUAAAAAGUCCUAUGUGGUGCACUGCGAGGACUGUGCGCGGAGGAAGAGUCCAGCCCUCACAGGAGUAGUGGUGCUGGAACAGUAUCGUAUUGAGGAGCUGAUGAGGACCUAUGACACCUUCACUUUGGCACCAAUGCAGAUUCCAAAGUGACAGCUCCUCCCUGGUGUCUAUCAGCCAUAACCAAAACUCUAAUGGCAGCACAAACAUUGUCCUGAAGGCAAUCUGUUCCUGUUUUUCAGCCAAUCACGUUUACUCGGUAUUGUUUACAUCACACAAACACAACAUGGAUACUCAGCCAAUCCAACAAUAGCUCACUGUCUUCCCCAGCUGCUGAUUGGACGUGUGUUGUAGAAAUAGAAUGACUAGAAUGGUUAAUUUUUCAUAUAAGAAGCAUUUUUACAAAUAAAUGUGAGCUUUGCUAGCACUGAAAAUCAGGUUCUUUGUUCAACGGACACUGCUGUGAUUUCAAAAGCGUCAAGUAGCCGGUUUUAUGUGUAAUUCAGGUACUUUUAUGCAAAUUUACUACUAGGAACUUUUCUACACCAAUCUAGUUAUUCUGUGUCCAUGACAUUGCUGUGAUUCUGUCGUACCAGCAGGGGGACCUCUUCUCACAAGUAGCUGAUUGUCACAUUUGGCAUCUACUGGUUUUUGUUUUGGUAUUCAGGUAACAUUGUCACUUGUAAUUUCUGUAUGUAUACUCUUCGAGGUGCUAUCCAAUUCAUAUUUAUUCCGCUUAGAUACUUAAAAAAUAACAUACCAGCCUAGAAGUACACCACAUUGGCCUUGUGAACUGUAUUUAGAGGAGUGGUAAUUGGAGGUUCAAACUUAAGACACAUUUUUAUGUAAUAACUAUACAAACAAAUGGAAACAUUUUCUCUAAAAUACGGGUUUACUAAAGGACUAAUAUGGUUUUAUUCUUAGUUGGAAGUCUGUGUGGGAAACUACAAUUCUAUUUCCAGAUAACGGUGUUUGGUGUUGUUUCUAUUGUACACAAAUGAAAACACAGUUUUAUUUUUGGAAUGGGAAUACAGUCCCAGUUUUAUACCUCUUGUGUUCUCUUGUUAUUAGAUAAGAAAUUGUAAAUUGUGCAUUAAUUUAUAGAGUUCUCGUUGGUGUGCAUAGAUGCAGUACAAAGUAAGGGGUAUGUGCUGAGCUCCUUGAAGUCUGAUUAAGUAAUAAUGUCCCUAGAGACACACAAUCAAAGCAUGCAAGCCAGUGAGGGCGAGCGGGUGAGCUGCAGCAUUUUACUUCUCCAAAAUGUUCUCUCAGUGUGCACUUCUCUGUCCACUUAGGUUACAUGUUCAUUGUUAGCACUUAAAUCAAGUAAAGUCUGUUUUUAAACAUACAGACAGUUGUUUUACAGUUCAAAUGUCAUGUAAAUAGACAUAAAGACUCAAUCUGUUAUAUAGACAGUACUGCGCAAAAGCAUUUAACUAUAUAGCCAAUGGGUCUGUAUUGCAAAAUUAUACAGAACCACUUUAAGACAAAGCUGGAUCCAAGCAUUUUCCAAGCAUUUACAACUAAAAAGCUAAAUUCUCUAUUUAUUGAGCUCUUAACUGCAUUUUAGGUUUUCUCAAGCUCUGCACAGUACUGUUAUAUAAAUUCAGUUUACCUCACAGUUAGACAGGUGUAACAGUGAACAUCUUAACAAUACAUUUUCCAAUUCACUGGUGUAUAGAAUGUUUCAAACUUGGCUCUGCCCACGCCCAUCACUCUGUGCACACCAUGCAAUGUACAUAAUGUAUUGUUUAAAAGUCUAAUGCAAGAACCAAUGUAGUUUUGUUCUCAGUCAAAUGUAUUGUUUAUAUUGUUUGAAUACUUCAGUCAUUUGCUUCGGCUUUGUUGUUGCUAUAUUCUAAUAUCUUCAUAAAUACUCUCUUUAAUUGAAUUGUGGGGCUCUGAACCCACUUUUAUACCUCUUUUUUGUUGUCAUUUUCGUUGGAUAUUAGAGAAAAUUGUAAAUGCUAACAUUAUUUAUAGUGUACAUUGUUUUUCUGACAUAUUUAUUGCAUAUCAAAGGUACUUCAUGUAAGAAGGGGCUACAAGGUAUUUUCAAAAGUACAAGGGUAAAAGAGAGUAGAGAGGGCAAGUGCAAUUGGGGGCAGGUUUAUUUACAUGGUGCUAGACCCCUCCUUGCCUCAGUGCCCCUCAUCAACAGCAUUAAAUCAUGUAUGGACUCAACACUCACAUUUCUGGUGCUUUUACAACCCAUAACAAGACUGGUUACAUAAAUGAAAUGAUGUCUUUGUACUGUAUCAAAAUUAGCUCUUUUCCAGCUCUCUUUCAUUGUAUAAAACUCAUGAAUGGUGAGGCAUUAGUGGUUUAUGAACAUAAGCGAUUGUUCAUGUUAUUGUUGAGACUUUUGGGGAUCUGACUUGUAAAGGCGUGGUUUGUUUUCUUUCCCAUGUCUUGUCUAAUUUGAAUUAUUUGACUGUAUUUAUGUCCUUUUGUUCUCUUGACUUGUUUGAUUCAUGCUGCACUUGUUUCUUUGAGAAGUCACAUAGAAAAAACCUGAGCCAGACCUGUCUUAAAUCCCUCUGUGAUUUUCUGUGACAUAUUGUAUUGUUGUUGAAGAAAUAAAAAAGAUUUUGAUAAAUUGUU